UUCUGCCUGAAAUUUGUUUUUAAUUUUUCAGAUUUGAAGCUUCAUCUCCAGAGUACAGACUAUGGGAACUUCCUGGCAAAUGAAGCCUCCCCUCUUACUGUCUCUGUCAUUGAUGACAAGCUGAAGGAGAAGAUGGUCGUGGAGUUCCGUCACAUGCGAAAUCACGCUUACGAGCCUUUGGCCAGCUUCCUGGAUUUCAUCACCUACAGCUACAUGAUUGAUAAUGUCAUUCUGCUGAUUACUGGGACACUCCAUCAACGCUCCAUUGCAGAACUGGUACCCAAAUGCCAUCCCUUGGGCAGCUUUGAGCAGAUGGAGGCUGUGAAUAUUGCCCAGACGCCAGCUGAGCUAUACAAUGCCAUCCUGGUGGACACCCCCCUUGCUGCCUUUUUCCAGGAUUGCAUAUCUGAGCAGGACCUGGAUGAAAUGAACAUUGAAAUUAUACGAAAUACUUUGUAUAAGGCUUACCUGGAGUCCUUCUACAAGUUCUGCAAGGCCCUGGGAGGUACAACAGCAGAUGCCAUGUGCCCUAUUUUGGAGUUUGAAGCUGACCGGAGAGCCUUCAUCAUCACCAUCAACUCCUUUGGCACGGAGCUGUCCAAGGAGGACCGCGCCAAGCUCUUCCCCCACUGCGGCAAGCUCCAUCCAGAGGGCCUGGCUCAGCUGGCCAGGGCAGAUGACUAUGAGCAAGUCAAAGCCGUGGCCAACUACUACCCUGAAUAUAAAUUGCUCUUUGAAGGAGCAGGUAGCAACCCUGGUGACAAAACCCUCGAAGACCGGUUCUUUGAGCAUGAGGUGAAGCUGAACAAGCUGGCUUUCCUGAACCAGUUCCAUUUUGGUGUGUUUUAUGCUUUUGUGAAACUGAAGGAGCAAGAAUGUCGGAACAUUGUGUGGAUCGCAGAGUGCAUUGCCCAGCGCCACCGAGCAAAGAUUGACAACUACAUUCCCAUCUUCUAAGUAUUUCCCUUUGUCUGGCAAAGCCAGUAGAUAUUCUGGAUGGCACUGCAGCCUACUGCCUUCAUCCCAUGCCUGGGGGAAGCUGGGGCAGGAGGGUCUCCACACAUACCCCUUCCUUAUUGCACUCAUUGGACUCAUUGCGUCUGCCUGAGUAGAACAGGCUAAGUCAUUCUGUAUCUGUACAAACUAGCUGUGCUGUUGAGAAGGUGUCUUGCUGUGCUGUGUCAGAAGGUUUCUCAUCCAAUGCCAUCAUGGUGCCUCCACGUGGGACACCUUUUGGUCAGCUUCAUGGAUCAUGCAUGGGCACACUGAGAGACCAGUUCGUUUCAUGACCACUCUUAUCAUCUGCUGUCCAUUGCCACCAUCUUGUUACAAGACAGAUGCUUUUCAAACUUAGGCCAGUGUAACUCUUCUGGGGCACCCUGGAGCAGCUGCUAAGCAAGCGUCUGGGCUAGGAGGAAUCUUCUGCCUGCAGUGCUUCUAGAACGGCAUCUCCCGCCACCCCCGCAUUCCACUCUCUCCUGUGCCUGCCUGCUUCCUCCCUUCCUGUGUGGUCUCCAGGUUCCUCAGCAGAGCGUUCAGCACUGUGUUUGCUGGGCUGCCUCCUGCCUUCCCCAAAAGGUGGCUCUCACCUUGAGCAGCACCUCCCGCUCUGCUCUUUUCUUUCCUCCUGGCAGGACAGUCAGUCGUAGCUCUUUCCAAGGGCCCCGAGGCCACCGAAGGGUCUUAACCCUGAGUUCAGGCAUGGGAGCCGUUGCCUCUCCUAGCUUUGGGGCUGAGGCAGCGAAUCUCCCUGCAUGGGAUGGUUAGCUCUAAGCUCUUCCAACUCUCUGUCUUGGAUGGCUCUUAAGGCCUGGCUGGGCAAGUGGCGUUAGCCCCUGUUCGCUCAAACACGUAAGGCUGGUGCUUUUGGCCUCAUCAGCGCCUCUUCUCCCACCAGCAGUAAUUGAAAAAGUUUCCCUUUGAAUUGGCCCAAAGCGCUCCUCUUCUAGGAGAGUCCUGUGUUUUGCAGGCGUAGCAUUAAGAGUCAUACCUUUGGUCCCUGGUAGGAAGGGAGGGCUCUUCGUUGCCAAGUCUCCUACACCCAAGCAGCAGAAAUGGCAAACAUCCAUCCCUGGUGUGCCACUCAUCAGAAAUGGGCUUGGCCUGCUCUGUCUGGCUUCCCCAGACCUUGGUCUCCUUCUCUUUGGAUGCCAUCACCGGUUCUUUUGGGGUUUGUAAAAUGCUGCUAGCUGCAGGAGAAAACCUUUUCAUGGCUUUUGUGGGUGAAAAGAGGUCAGUCCAAGACUCUGUGUUUGCUCAGUGAUUGUGGUACUCCCAGUGUUUGACAUGCUGUGUAUCUUCCUCUUAAACUAUGAUGAUAAACAGCUGAAUUACUGUU